AAAUGCCAUGGCUUCGCAUUCCGACACACAAAAAUCGAUGAAGCGCAUCCUUUCAACAACGGAGUCGAUAUAUCGUCGAUUGGUUGAAAUGAACGAAUGCACCAACUGGCUCCACAGGUUGGGCUGAUGCCACAAUGACACURUACCUUAUGGUAACACAAAGAAAGCAUACAUCAAUGAAAACAUACGUAACACCUAACGCGAUGAGACGGAAGAACAAUGGUAGCGAUUUCAGACAAAGCGCCUGCAGGAGUGAAUGGCAUCGCCACCGUCACGGUGCUCGAAAUGAUCUUCGGCGCCGUAGGUCCUUUGCGUUCAUGGCUCUKCCAGCAAUUUUUAUAGCUUUUUGUGCAUCGUUUGGGCACCUCUGCGCCGAGGCGUUUCGCCACAACUCCUGCACGUUCGAUGUCGGAAAACAGUUUCAGUUCGCCGACUGCUACCUGCCAGAUAUAGCCGACGACCUUGCUCUUUCCGACGCAAGCUUUUUGAUGAGCCACGAUGCUGCCACUGGAUACCUUAAAAAAACGUCYGGCCUUGUCACAAAUGGGGCGACUAACCUCUAUACAAAAACCCAGAUCGGAGACGUYUACCAGCAGCUCGACGACGGCGCCCGGGCGCUUGACGUGAGACCAAAGCUCCUGGCGAACGGAACGGUGGUAUUACACCACGGGGCCGUUCCAAUCGCCGUGACGCUCGAGCGACUGGUGGAAGACGCCCGUCAGUGGGCUUUGGACAAUCCCAGCGAGCUAGUAUUGAUCCUACACAGCAACUUCGCAUAUGCGUCGUCUUCGUCCAACAACGACGAUGAUGACGUCGACAAUGGUGGCAGUGAAGAUAGUGAUGAUGAUUUUGUACCCAGUGCCGAUACAACCGUAGAAGCACUCUCCCAAGUGUACGCCAACUUGGGUGUCAACUACGUUGAAUGUUCGGAUCUAUACGGAUUAACCGUGGGCGAAACAAAGCGAUUGGCAGCCUUGUCUUCUUUGACCACKGACGACGAUGACAAUGAUGAUGCGAACGACAAUAGCGGCAAUGCUUAUUACAACCAAGAUGAGGGAGAAAGUUGGAGAGGUGGAUAUCUGCUGGCUAUGGAUCGACAUGACCAAUAUGCGGGAUCGUGUGCAAAACAAAACUGGGUGGAAGACUCGCUCGUGACAUGCUAUUCGAGCGACGGCGAUGUCCUUCCCUGUACCGAUCGGAAGUCGGUUCAACACAAAAAAUUGAAGGAAUACGCCCUCGCAAGUGCCAACAACAAACCCACCGAUAACAGCAACGAACUCGGACCGCCGGAAUCGACGUACUAUUAUCCAUUCAACGAAAUCCAAGCCCUCUGGCAGGUCGACGGGAUCUCGGCGGCGUUGGGUGUUCGCCACGUUUCGUCGAUCAUUGACGACAACACCAAAUCCCAUCUGAAUGCUAGAGUGGUCGACUGGAUCUACGACGAUGAAUUUGAUUCCAUAAACCUGUUGGUGGCGGACCAUGUCAGUCUGAAUGGAAACGCGCUGACCUCUGUGCUGAGGAAUCGAUGUGGCCAAUCCGAGCUUUCUUAUGACCAAUUUCAUGGAGAUGGCCAAGACGCUCGCGAAUAUAAUCACGAAUAUUUCGACAUUCCCUGCGGGACAGCUGUCGGCAAACCGCACCUGCGAAAGGGGAAACCCCUGUCCACUCUUUMCUUUUUCGCAACCGCGCUCGUGUGUGCCGUCUUWGGGCUCUGGAUUGCCGUGUUUUUAGCGCAUUACCGCAAACACCACGACCACGCGAAGGAAAUYGAAAUACUAGAAAAAGACCUGCAAAUAGUUAUUCAUCGAUGCGGCUGCUCCUCCGCCGAAGCAGCUACCAUGGCAGUUGACGAUCUGGAUAGUAUGGUCGGAGAUGGCAACAGCCAAGAAGGCAAGAAAACCCCGUUGAUUUUCCUCCCCAACAUUGACUGAAGGAUACAAGGCGUCCAUGUUGCAAUCAAGCGAGCUCGUGGAGUGACCUACAGGGGAGACGUAUGAAUUGAGUUGCUUGGACAAGCCAUGAGGUACGACUUCUUUGGAACCAAUUUCGGAAUGACAGCAUACGAAAAACCGUCGACUCUAGUUACAUUUCUGUCGACAGAGCGGAAUUUUAUUUCGUUGCAACCACGAUCAACGUUGCAACCACGAUCAACGGGGCCGAGAAUGGUGUUGAUUACCAGGAGAAUUUCGUUCCGGCGCAAGUAUUGCCCGGUUGGACUGAAUGUCCAUCACGAUUCUGWAAUAACGACGAAAAUGAAUUCACUUUCGAAACCCUAAAAAAUGCAGAACACCAAAACAUCGAUGACGGACAAGGSAUYCGUAAUUUWCCACUUUCA